GUGACAAUAUCGUAUUGUGACUUGAAUAUUGUGUCUUGAAUAUCGUGAUAAUAACGUAUUGUGGCUUAAGUAUCGUGACUUGAAUCUCGUGAUAAUAUCGUAUUGUGACUUGAAUCUUGUGAUUAAAUCGUAUUGUCAACUUCUCAGGACUUUAAGCGUUAGUGUCAGAAGUCAAAGUUAUUGCUUGUGUUUGUUGUUGCCUCCUUCAGGAGGUGAGUCACUGUUUCCAGCUGCUCACCUCACUGUUCCAGGCUCCGCCCACCAUCGCCGUCCCGUUCAUCCAGAGCCUCGGUCCAGCGCUCCUGCGAUUCCUCCAGGACGUGGAGCGGACUCGUCCUCAGACUCCUCAGGAGCUGCAGGAGGUUCUGGACGGAGUGCGGGCCAUGGAGGCUCUAGUCCAGGCUGCGGACGAAUCACAGCGUCCUCAGCUGGUGGCCAUCUUACUCCCGCUCCUCAUUUCCUUCCUGCUGGAUGAAAACACUCUUGGCUCCGCCCCCGCUUCUUCCCGCUCCCUCCAUGAGGCGGCGCUCAAGGACCUAAUGCGGCUCGGCCCCCAGCAUUCCACCGUCUUCAGGUCUCUCAUCAGGUCGUCUCCUCACCUCAAGUCUCGUCUUGAAGCGGCCGUCAGAGGAAACCAGGAGUGUGUGAACGCUAAAGCCAACAGUGCUAACCCUGCGGCCAAGGCGUCCCCUAGCAUCACACUCAAGACCAACUUCCUGUGAGUCCAGACCAACUUCCUAAUGAAGACGAUGUGAGAAGAAGUCUCAUGAAACGGAGAAGUUAACUUUCUCUGUGUGGACAGAAAGGACAGACGGGACACGUGUCCCAGACGUUCACAGCCACUGCACCAUGGACAAGUCUCCACUGUAGUUAACGCUGGUUUAUAAAAAACUCUCAUCAUCUUCUGACCUGUUCUGUUCCUCACACUGUGAUCAAUGACAGGUGUAAUAAAAUAAAUAACACACUA